UUAUCUUAAUAAGCAUUCAUUUCGACGUUGAAUGUCGAGCAAGUAGGAGCGUGCCGGACGUAAUCAAACAUUUAACAUGGCGACGAUAUCGCUAGAGGACCCAGCGGUCCAAUCGUACAUAGUGUACUCCGCGGUUUUGGGUAUGAAGAUGUUUGCGGUAGCUUUUCUAACGGGAAAAGUACGGACAACAAAGAAGGUAUUCGCUAACGAAGAGGACGCGAAAGCCUCGAAAGGAAAAGUGAAGCUCGACGAUCCAGAUGUAGAGCGAGUGAGGCGCGCUCACCUCAACGACCUGGAGAACAUCCCGGCAUUCUGGGUGCUGGGGGCUCUGUACCUGACCACGGGGCCGUCAGCCUCCUUGGCCACCACGCUGUUCAGACUGUUCACAGCGGGCCGCAUCAUAUACACUAUCGUCUACGCUGUGAAGCCACUGCCCCCGCCGGCGCGUGGAAUCGCAUUUGGUGUACCCCUUCUUAUCAACAUGUACAUGGGAUUCAAAGUUAUUCAGACCUUUGCCAGUGCCCUGUAAGUAAGCUGCACACAUUAUAUUAAUUGUGCAACUCGAUUGGGGAAGACUAUUUUGUAAAAAGACUAUAAAUUGAUGAUUAUUUAUUAAGUUUACAUUAAAUAUAGUUUUUAUUUCUACUUU